UUUAAGAUUUUGAAUAUAAUCGCAAGCAGUGCAAACAAGGAGAUUUUUAUUUUCUGAUUUCAAAUGGCGGAUGCACCAGUAACAGCAGCAAUUAAAUAUGAAUAUCUUGACCAUACCGCGGACAUUCAGCUGCAUGGUUGGGGUAGCACUUUGGAAGAGGCCAUGGAGCAGACAUUAAUAUCUAUGUAUGGUUAUAUGACUGAGAUUUCAACGGUGUCUGUGGAAUAUUCAUUUGAUUUGUUUGCUAAUGGUAUCGAUAUGAUCUCACUGGUGGCUCGAUUGCUUGAUGAAGCGCUCUAUGCUUUCUCAACAGAACCAUAUUUCAUUGGUAGGAUUGCAAAAAUAAUUAAACUCGAUCGUGAAAAAUUCGAAGUACAGAUGCGGUGUUGGGGUGAAUCGUUCGAUCUCAAUAGACAUCCACAAGGAACCGAAAUUAAAGCAAUCACUUAUUCCAAUAUGCAAGUUAACGAAUCUUUGGAUAAGACUGAUAUUUAUGUCAUUGUCGAUAUAUGAUUCUUUGUCUUGGAAUACUUUUUGAUUUUUAAUGAAAUUGCGGGAAGCUCAGACCCUGGAGAUAGAAGGGGG